ACCAACGACGAAACAACCUAGCGAAGGCGAUGGUAGCGAUGUCCAGCGCAGAAGGCAGUACCAGACAAGAGCGCAACGACUUCUAACAGCAGCCGACAACGUCAGACACUAUUUUCUCUCGAGGGUCCUCGAAGCCGUGACGAGCGUGAGCUGGAUAAUUGCGGUGGUUGGAGGUGGCUAGCAAAGGUGGUUGGCGGCAGCUCAAGAUCCACGCAUUCUCCCAGUCGAAGCUGAGCCAUUUUCCCUCCCUCCUCACUUUUGCGCGUGACGCCUGCUGAAAUUCAAUCUCGCGCAGAGUACCAUACGUUCGUUACCACCAGAAGACUGCAGAAGUGAGCAGGCGCAAGAACAAGUGAGCGGCACGCACGAUAGAAAGUCCGACGCUACUUCUACCCCACCAUCGAAAGACCGACGCCCACAUUCCAAGCACGACCGACUGGACAACGUUCACGUUCCAGCACGACGACAAGCAUUUCCUGAGGCCGCAAAGGCCCUCAGCUGUGCCAGAAUGCUGUCGCCGCACCGGCUUGCGGCAGUGUUCCUGCUGGCACCGACCUUCACAUUCGCCAAUCCCAACCCACACGAGCGAGAGCUUGCCGGCUUCUCAUUCAACGAGCUGUUCGCGCGCUGGGACUGUUCAGGAACAGCGUGUGGCACAGAUGGCCAGUUCUGCUGUACUGCGGGAACAUCAUGCACAACGAAUGCGGCAAACAUCGCUGGGUGCGCUAAUCCGCCCGCAACACAAGCAGCAGCUGGAGGUGCAGGAGGCUCAUGGCAAUACUACACUUCGACGUGGGUUGAGACGGGCUUGGUGACUCGGACGAGCAUCUGGAGUUCAUAUAUCGGAGGAGCUGCGGCUACCGGUAUCGCUUGCAAUUACGCUUUGAACGAAUCGCCGUGUGGAUCGAUCUGCUGUGCCAGCAACCAAUACUGCUUUUCGAAAGAACAAUCGCAAUGUGCCGCGAAUGGCGGCGGUGGUAGCUCAGGUGCAGGCGCUGCAACCUAUGUCAACCCAGGAGCAACUGCUGGUGCGCCCAUUCGACCGACAUCUUCUGGACAACUGACUGUAACCGCUACGAGAGGCCCAACGACCACUGUGCCGUUCAUGGAACCUGUCGCCACCGGCGCCAAUGUCACAGUCACCGGCAUGGAAGACGGCGGCGGAGGCGGUCUUUCCGGCGGCGCUAUCGCUGGUAUCGUCAUUGGUGUCCUUGCAGGUCUGGCUCUUUUGGCCCUACUCUGCUUCUGCUGCUGCAUCAAGGGUCUGCUCGAUGGCUGUCUUGCCUGCUUCGGUCUCGGCGGCCGCAAGAAGAGAAGACGAACGGAAAUCGACGAAUAUGAGCGCUACUCCCACCACUCCGGUGGCGGUGGCGGUAGGACCUGGUACGGCGCCGCUCGCCCUCCUGCACGCGUGGACCGCCGUGACGAGCGAAAGUCAAGCAAUGGCAAGAAUCUCCUGGGCUUAGGAGCAGGUCUGGCAGCGUUGUGGGCAGUUCUUGGUCUGAAGCGACAACGAGACAACAGGAAAAACAACGAGAAGUACUCGGAGUACUCAUAUUCGAGCGAUUACUACACCAGUGCUAGCAGCGCCAGCUCAGAUGACAGAAGAACACGAGGGACGAGAUACUCGAGACGAUGAUGAGCAAUGAUUUUUCCCCGGAUGCAUUGGUAAUGAAAUAUCUGUUACGGCGAUAUGCGAAUGAACGCUUCUGAAAUCGCCUUCGAGCGAAUUUCGGAAGCAAGAGCUGGAAAGUUCCUCCAGUAAUGCAUUUUAUGAUCAGGCGUUCGUUGGGAUGGGGGCCAAAGAUACCAGAAAGGGCCGGCGCAUGCAUGCAUUCACACAGAGAUCUGUACAUAUUGUCGACGUUCGUAGAGAGAAGAUCGAAGAAGUGUACAUUGAACAUCUGAGCGAAGAUGAAUUUUCGAGAAUCAAUCUUGACCUUGGGGCUUUCCCGGAGUAGAUGCUGUCGUGGAUGUGGCGAGAGCUUGUUUGUCGUCAUCUUCUUUGGGGGUAAAGUAGACUGCUGCCGUGGGGAUGGCUAUGCCGAGCAAUAGUCGGCUAUAGCACAGAAAGUGCAUUUCGGUUGAACGUGCUGUUGGCAGUGGUGAAGUGUUUGUUGAAACUGUGACAGGUGUUGGAUCGAUGGGAGCUGAUGGGUUCGUGCCAAGAGUGGAACGUCACAGGCACGA